UCCCUGGCCCCACCAUAGCUUUCACUUUUGGGUUGUAUAAACUUCUGCUCAAUUCCCAGAGCACACUCUUCUUUUUUCCAUCUUCCAACUCAGACUUCAAAAAAACAAUCCAUUCUCAUUCUUGAUCAACGCCUAAAUAAGAAUUUCUCUAGAUACCCGCCUGCAUUUGGGUAAUAGAUUUCUCUGCGUUUUUCACAAAACCACGCGAACGUUUUCUUACAUCACACACUUUCAAUCAAAAUACCCCACCCCACCUUAUACUUGAUUGAUAUACCACUACAACAACCAGAAAUCUUUCACCAUGGUUGCCGCAGUCGGAAUUGACUUGGGCACGACCUAUUCGUGUGUCGGUGUCUUUCGAGACGACCGAAUCGAAAUCAUUGCCAAUGACCAGGGUAACCGAACUACCCCUUCCUUCGUGGCCUUCACGGACACGGAGCGUCUGAUCGGCGAUGCUGCAAAGAACCAAGUCGCUAUGAACCCUCACAACACCGUCUUCGACGCCAAGCGUCUGAUCGGUCGCAAGUUCACAGACGCCGAGGUUCAGGCUGACAUGAAGCAUUUUCCCUUCAAGAUUGUCGAGAAGAACGGCAAGCCCAUCAUCGAGGUUGAGUACAAGGGCGAGCAGAAGCAGUUCACUCCCGAGGAAAUCUCCUCCAUGGUUUUGACAAAGAUGCGCGAAACCGCCGAGGCAUACCUUGGUGGCACUGUUACCAACGCUGUCAUUACUGUCCCGGCUUACUUCAAUGACUCUCAACGACAAGCCACUAAGGACGCCGGUCUCAUCUCCGGCAUGAACGUCCUCCGAAUUAUCAACGAGCCUACGGCUGCUGCCAUUGCCUACGGUCUUGACAAGAAGACCGAGGGUGAGCGAAACGUUCUCAUCUUCGAUCUCGGUGGUGGUACCUUUGAUGUGUCUCUCUUGACUAUCGAGGAGGGUAUCUUCGAGGUCAAGUCUACCGCCGGUGACACUCACUUGGGUGGUGAGGACUUUGACAACCGUCUUGUUAACCACUUCGUCACUGAAUUCAAGCGCAAGCACAAGAAGGACUUAUCCACCAACGCACGUGCUCUACGUCGUCUUCGAACCGCUUGCGAGCGAGCCAAGCGCACUCUUUCGUCUUCUGCACAGACUUCAAUUGAGAUCGACUCUCUCUUCGAGGGUAUCGACUUCUACACCUCUAUCACCCGUGCUCGAUUUGAGGAGCUGUGCCAAGAUCUUUUCCGAUCUACUAUCCAGCCCGUUGACCGUGUCUUGGCCGAUGCCAAGAUUGACAAGUCUCAGGUCCACGAGAUUGUCCUUGUCGGUGGUUCCACUCGUAUUCCCCGUGUUCAGAAACUCAUCACGGAUUACUUCAACGGCAAGGAGCCCAACAAAUCCAUCAACCCUGACGAGGCUGUUGCCUACGGUGCUGCUGUCCAGGCCGCCAUCCUGUCUGGAGACACCAGCUCCAAGUCUACCAACGAGAUCCUUCUUCUCGAUGUCGCCCCGCUGUCUCUCGGUAUCGAGACCGCUGGUGGUAUGAUGACCAAGCUCAUUCCCCGAAACACUACCAUCCCCACCAAGAAGUCGGAGGUCUUCUCCACUUUCUCCGACAACCAGCCUGGUGUGCUUAUCCAGGUUUACGAGGGCGAGCGUCAACGCACCAAGGACAACAACUUGAUGGGCAAGUUCGAGCUCACUGGUAUUCCCCCUGCACCUCGGGGUGUUCCUCAGAUCGAGGUUACAUUCGAUCUCGAUGCCAAUGGAAUCAUGAACGUUUCCGCCGUUGAGAAGGGCACUGGAAAGUCCAACAAGAUCGUCAUCACCAACGACAAGGGACGUCUGUCCAAGGAGGAGAUUGAGCGUAUGCUUUCGGAAGCCGAGAAGUACAAGGAGGAGGACGAGGCUGAGGGUCGUCGCAUCAGCGCCAAGAACGGCCUUGAGUCGUAUGCCUACUCUCUCCGAAACACCUUGUCUGACAGCAAGGUUGACGAGAAGCUCGAGGCCGGUGACAAGGAGAAGUUGAAGACGGAGAUCGACACCGUUGUUUCUUGGCUCGACGAGAACCAGCAAGCCACUCGUGAAGAGUACGAGGAGAAGCAAAAGGAGUUGGAGGGCAUUGCCAACCCCAUCAUGAUGAAGUUCUACGGAUCUGCCGGUGGUGCUGGUGGCAUGCCCGGUGGCAUGCCCGGUGCUGGUGGCGCUGGCGGCUUCCCCGGUGCCGGAGGCCCUGGUGCUCCCCAUGAUGACGGCCCCACCGUUGAGGAGGUUGACUAAAGGGUUCCCCUUUAAAAUAAUGAACACUAAUGGUUUUCUCUCCCGGCGUUUUCCUCUGGUCUUUAAUGACGCAUCGAGUGGCGGUCUCGGAUAUUCUAUGGGUUUGCACUUAGAUUUUCACUGGUAAUGAAGUUACAGGGCAAAAGUUGCGCGGUUUUUCAUGACUUGCAUGGAUGUAUUCUAGGCAGGAAUUACUCUACGAUGAAGCAAUGAAGUUAAUAUUUCAAAA